UCCCUAAUGUCCGCCGAACUCGUACUUGCCUCGCUAGCAACUGCUGACUUGGCUAUUAAAUAUGGUAAGGUUUUGCUGGAUCUUUAUAAAUGCUUUAUAGGCGCUGAAGAGCUUGACGACCGCAUCCUUUGCAUCGAGUUCAUUUGCAUAAGCAACUACAAACAAGUCACAUUCUUGAAAAAGAUAUGGGGAUCGCUGGAUGAAGAGCACCAGAACUUGCAGGGCCGGAUAAUGCAGAAGUUGGUCGCGAAACUAGAAGAUGCGAUUAACCAGAUCGAGAGUGUUCUGAAGAAGAAGGAUCACGAUGAUGGCAAUACAAUCAUUGGCGUCAAAAAAUGGAAGUACGUUUUCUGGGCUAAAGAAAGCAUGGACAAAACGAUUCAAGAACUACAAGAGUGGCAGAGAAUGUUUGACCCCAGCUGGUACUUGAUUAUGAAGAUUGCGGAUCCGGUUAUCGAUGAAGAACUUGCGCGUGACGAUGAGGGCGAGAAGACGAAAUAUGGGUCUCUUCGCCACGGGUUUAUAACGACAGCGAAGGGUGUUCGAGACUCUUUGCGAACUGAAACGCAUUCCCAGCCUUCCAUUUUCCUUCCAGAUAUCCGAUUCGCUUCCAGCCACAAGACUCCUAUAUCUUACUGCACCGCUGAGAUCUUCAUCCGUCCAAACGGGAAAACAUAUCUUCUAGAUUCCGUGGCAUGCCUACCCGGUGUAGAUACCGAUAUACUCAACAAAGAUGUCCGCGAUCUAGCUCGCAAGCUGUCUGGGACCGAUCCGCUAACUUUUGGCCUCCUCCGGUGCCGUGGCGUCAUCAAAGUCUUUGACGAAACUAAAAUUCCUAAGAAACUGCUUUCAUACGACUUCGUAUUUUACAUUCCCGAGGGUUUGCGAAAUCCCCGAAGUUUGCGGAGUGUCUUGAUAACGGCUGGGAAAGAGAUCUCGCUCAGUGCUCGUUUUAGAGUUGCGCAGCAACUCGCUCAAUCAGUCAGUUACGUGCAUACUUAUGGAUUCGUACAUAAGAACGUCAGGCCCGACACUGUUUUAGUCUUCGAGGACUAUACCAAUGGAUCGACCCAAUCCGCAUCGUUUCUCCUAGGGUUUGAGAAGUUCCGUCCCGCGGAAGGAAGGACCAUACGGGCUGGGGACUCGGCUUGGGAGAAAGAUCUCUACCGGCACCCUCGUCGACAAGGUCUCAAACCGGAGGACGCAUACCUCAUGCAGCACGACAUUUAUAGUCUUGGUGUCUGUCUCUUGGAAAUUGGCCUGUGGGAAACUUUCGUCACAUACCCAUUUGGGGAAGGGCUCGGGAGUGCAUCACCUUCUCCUCUGCUAGCCGUUCUGAACGAGCCGGAGGACGAUAUAGUCAAUAAAGCAUCGCUAGUUAAAGAUGCGCUAGUUCAGCUUUCGAAGAAGAAGCUCCCCGCUUGUAUGGGAGAUAAAUAUACGAACAUUGUGGUUUCGUGCCUGACCUGCCUCGACGAGAGCAGCCUGGAUUUCGGCGACGAUUCGGAGUUUAAAGAUGAGGAUGGUGUGCUUAUUGGUGUUCGCUAUAUUUCUAAGAUUUUGCUGCAAUUGAACCAGAUCUCGAUUUGAUCUCUAGACGCUGUGUCAUUUUCCUUCCCAGAAUGGUAGUUGCGGGCGCCAAAGAGUGUUUUACCUCCAAACCACGUAAACGAGUCGCAAUAGUCUGACCAGGAUGCAGCAGUGCUAGGAGCCCAGCUGAAACGUCAGUCCGACCCAUGGACGUAUGUUUGGGGGCUUGCUUAGGAGUAGCUCGGUUUAACCGCUUCCCCUCUGCUCAUCGCC